AUGGCACCCGCCCGCCUCCACUGCGUCCGCCACGCCCAAGGCUACCACAACCUCACAACCGACAACCACAAGCUCCCCGACCCGGCCCUCACCGACCUCGGCAAGCAGCAAUGCGCCGACCUGCAACGCGCCUUCCCUUACCACGACCGCAUCACGCACGUCGUCGCCUCGCCCAUCAAGCGCACGCUCUGGACGGCUUUGCUCGCCUUCGCGCCCGCCAUCGCCGCCAAGAACCUGAAGGUCAUCGCGCUGCCCGAGAUACAGGAAACGAGCGACCUCCCGUGCGACACGGGCUCCGACCGCGCCGAGCUGGAGCGCGAGUUCGCCGGGCAGCCGGUCGACUUGUCGCGCGUCGAGGACGGGUGGAAUAGUAAGAAGGGCAGGUGGGCGGCGACGCCGGAGGCGGUGGCGGAGCGCGCGAGGGUGGCGAGGGUGUUUUUGAGGGAGUUGGCGGGGGAGGAUGGGGAGGUCGUUGUUGUGACGCAUGGUGGGUUGUUGCACACGUUUACGCAGGAUUGGAGUGGGUUUGGGAAAUUCUGCGGAACCGGCUGGGCCAAUACUGAGUACCGCACCUACACUUUUGUCCCCAAUUCUGGCGAUGAGGCCCGCAUCAUUGAGACCCCCGAGUCCCGCGCCAAGCGUGGCGCAUCGCCUUUCUCGGAGGAGGAGAACCGAAGGCUGAAGGAGAUGGCUGAGAGGGAAUGGCUGACACAAGAAUUUGAGAACCAGACGAAGGAUCCGGCGACUGGUCCGGCGAUCCAAGAAGUAGGUGCUGAAGCCGUAAAGGCCCAGGGUUAG